AUGACCGACGCCUCAACAACAAAUAUCGUGACGUUCCAGAUCCUCUAUCGAAUUCCGUUUCGCUACCUCUACAUACCUGGCCUGUACAUUGCACUGCUCGGUCUCUUCACCUUCGGCCACGCACUCCACACCGUUCUCACACACACAGACCCCGGCAGAUACUACAGAUUCUUGAUCUGGCUAGUCCUUGUAUCUAGUUACCUUCUAACUCUAGCCGGCGCAAAUCUCUGUCUGAUCUGGCACGUGUUCAAGGAUGAGAAAAUUCCAGAUCUAAGAGGAAAGCACAUAGUCAUGAAUGACUCCGAAAAGCGAACGAACAAAAUCCUCCGAAGCGUUGCCAGGUUUGUUCCGUGGCGCUUCGCCCACAUACCUGGCGUAUCUCUCAGCAUUCUUGGCAUCCUUGUUCCUAUUCAUACACUCAGUCUGCAUCGAAAGCGUCCUGACGCUACAGACUGGAAUACGAUGCUACAAAUCCACUUUCGAACUUUGCAAGGUGUAGCCUUGCAACUGGCGGGCUUUGUUGUUUGCAUGGGAUGGUAUGUCUUCAAGAGCGUAGAAUUAGAGUGCACAGAAGGGACGCAGCAAGACUGCACAGACAUCAAAAGUGGGGCCGGCCAGACAAGAUAUAAACGCUCAACGGAAACUUGA